UACAUUUUGUAAAGAACGAGAAGAGAAGAAGAAGAUUGUAUUGUGUAUUUGAGGAAAUUAAGGAUGGCUAGGACGGUGGCAAGAACCUUGGCGGCUCCAUUGUUGUUCCUCAACUUGAUAAUGUACGUUAUUGUGUUGGGGUUUGCUAGUUGGUGUCUCAAUAAGUUCAUCAAUGGCCAAACCCAUCAUCCUAAUUUUGGAGGAAAUGGAGCAACUAUGUUCUUCCUGGCGUUUUCAAUACUGGCAGCAGUACUGGGGAUUGUAUCGAAAUUCAUGGGCGGGAACCACCUGAGAGUGUGGAGGAACGACAGCCUGGCGGCCGCCGGAUCCUCGGCGUUAGUUGCAUGGGCUGUAACCGCCUUAGCUUUUGGGUUGGCAUGCAAGGAGAUAAACGUUGGAGGGUGGAGGGGGUGGCGGCUGAGAGUGCUGGAGGCAUUUGUCAUCAUCCUGGCGUUCACCCAGUUGCUGUAUGUGCUGAUGCUCCACGCGGGGUGGUUCAGCAGCCGCUACGGCCCGGGCUACCGGGACAACGACUACGGCAUGGGCAUGGGCGCACCCGCGGUUGAGAAGGGAACCACCGGCGUUACCGGCACCAGGGUUUAAUUAAUUAAGUCAUUUUCAGAUUACAAAACACCAGGGUUUAAUUAAUUAAGUCAUUUUCAGAUUACAAAACGUACAACGAAACCUUAGUUUCUUGUAUUUAUGGUUGGUGUGUAGUUGAUGCAGUAGUGUUAAUUAGGAGUUUUUGCUUAUACUGCCAACAAAUGGUCUGGUGAACUACUUAUGUUGUGGUUUGCUUACUUUUGUGUGUUGUUGUGCUGCUUAAUGUAUUUUGUUGUUGAUUUUAUAACGUACGGUGAGUAUUAUUGUUUUUA